AGGACAGAGACCUGAUAUUUAACAGCCCACAUUUCAUUCUCUUAUUUUGUGCUACUGAGGAGUUGGUUUUAAUUUUUAUUAGAUUUUUAUGUUGAACUCCUCUUGUUUUUAUUUCUUUAAAUAAUUUAGGUGGUCGGGGGACAGACACAGUCUCUAUGGGGUUUUGGGUGGGUGACUGUUCUAAAGAAAGCACAGAGAAGUGUGUAAGACAGCAGCUCUGCUUCCUGGUCCUAACUCUGGACUGUCAGGUUUUAGAGAUAAACUUCGCCAUAUUUCUAGAUAAGAGAGCCGCUCCAUCCAAAGUGGGAUGGAUGCCGUCUCUCCUAAUCAGACCAGGUUUUCCCCAAAAAGGCUUCCAGUUAUCAAUGAAGCCCACAUCGUUUGCUGGCCACCACCUCGACAGCCAGCGGUGGAAUGACGACAUGCGGCUAUACAUGUCAUCACUGGUCACAUUGGGGAGGGGGUCCAGAGAAAACUACGGUGUCCGACAUUGUCUUAGCAUAAUUACACACCGACUCCACAUUAAUCUUAGUGACCUCCGAUUGGCGUAAACGGGUGUCGUUACCGCCGACGUGGAUAACAAUCUUACUGUAUUUACGUUUAUCUUUAGCCAGCAGUUUUAAAUUUGAUUCAAUGUCGCCCGCUCUGGCCCCAGGGAUACAUUUAACUAUGGCCGCUGGCUUCACUAACUUCACGUUUCUGACUAUGGAGCUGCCAAUAACCAGAGUUGGUUCCUCAGCGGGUGUGUCGCUGAGUGGGGAAAAAUGUAUUAGAAACGUGAAUGGGUUGGUGGUGACCUGUGGGCUUCGGUGUUUUAGUCUUCCUUCGCUCAGUCACCCAGCCUCCCUGUCUUCCCGGCUGCUCGGGAACUACCGGGGGAUCUACAGAGCUAACAGAAGCUACCUUUGGUCGGACCGCACCGGCUACCGGGGGCUGACUAACUAUAGCGGCUAAAGAUAUCUCAGUGGUGCGGUGCCGUUCCUCUAGCUCACUAAGCCUCGCCUCCAGCGCAGUAAAUAAACUACAUUUAAUACAUGUACCAUUAUCAUUAAAGGAGGCAGAGGAAUAACUGAACAUCUGGCACACUGAGCAGGACAGAGGAGAGGGAGAAGCCAUAGCUAUCUGCUAAUGCUAAUGAAACUAGCGUAUAUGAAAAACUUUUGAAAAUAGUGAAAAGUCGCUAAAAGAAGGAGUAACUCCGAGUGCUUAAGUAGAACUAGUCUACGUUUAAAUGUUAAGCGGGAAAAUAACCGCAGUAACGAGUAAAACUAAUUUAUAUUUAGCGUUCACUGACAGAGCUACAGCACCAAACAGUGUACACAGAGCAGGAAGUAAACCGGAAAUGAGUCAGUACGCUUACCGUAGCACGUCAGUAAAGACAACAUGUCCUGAAUACAUAGACAUUCCUCAAACGUCCUCAGUAUCUUAAUCUCCUGUAAAUCCGUGUAGAGGAGGUGCAUUACUCUGAUUAGAGCGAUUCUUGCCAUGUCCUUAUUCCUGAUGUUAAAUGUUUAGUAAUUCUUUCAACAUUUUCUGUGUUGGAAUUAAAACUGUGUUGGAUGUGAUGCUUGAGAUUUACAUUGGCAAGAAAAUGUAUCUAAAAUCAAGUUUAUUUAUUAGAGAUUUUUUUUAAAUAUUGUGGUGAACCCGAUUAGCCAUUUUAUCAUUUUAAUUUUUAACUUUGACACAGUUAGAUAGGCUGUGUCACAAUCAGGAUGCUUCACCAACUCUUAGAAAUAAUCAAAUCUUUUUAAAUGUUUUUGUUUUCUGGAUAGGUAUUAGGUGGUGUUCCAGUUUAAAUCUCCACUUUGCUUUGAGCACAGUACCAAAGGCUCUGUAGUAAUUGAUAUGGAUAUUUAUUUACUUGUUUAUUCGAGAAAACAACUUCUCACGCUGAAGACAAAGUCCUGGGCCGGUGUGGUUCCCCAUUUACCUAACGAGGUGAGGAGACCCUAUCGUGGCUGCAGAGCCGGCGCAAAGCUAAAGGCCAAGCGAAUGGCGAAGAAGUGGCGAUAUAAACCUUCUGCACCAUCGGUGAUCAUGGGAAAUGUUAACUCACUACAGAACAAGAUCGACGAACUGGCUGCGCUGGUGAAAAAAGUUAAAAUCUACAGGGAGGGCAGUUUGCCGUGCUUCACUGAAACGCGGCUAACGUCCCGGACGUUAACCUUGAGCUGGCCGGCUUCAGCACAGUCGGGUUGGACAGAGACACUAAGGCCUGUGUGAAGCAGAAAGGAGGCGGACUAGCUGUAUACGUGAACACAAGGUGGUGUAACCCUGGACAUGUGAACAUCAAGAUUUCCAUCUGCAACAGGGACGUUGAGCUGCUUGCCGUAGGGUUGCAACCCUUCUACUUGCCCAGAGAGUUUGGACACGCCAUUGUUGUUAUUGUUUACAUUCCACCACGUGCUGACGCGAUAGUCGCGUGCAACGUCAUCCACUCCGCUGUAGCAGGACUACAAACACAGCACCCAGAGGCUCUGGUGUUAAUCUCUGGGGACUUUAAUCACGUGACUCUGGACACAACACUACCUGCUUUCUUCCAGUAUGUGGACUGUUACACCAGGAGAAAUAAGACUAUUGACCUACUGUAUGCAAACGUUCAUACAGCACCACCCCUCUGCCUGCACUGGGGAAAGCUGAUCACAAUCUGAUUCUGCUUCAGCCUCGAUAUAAACCAAGAGUGAAGAGACAACCCACAACAAUGCGCUCAUUCAGGAAGUGGUCAUUUGAAGCAGAACAGGCUCUAAGAGACUGUUUUGGUAGUACGGACUGGGAUGUACUGCAGGGUUCGCACUGUGAGGACAUCGAGGAGGCUGUUGACUGCACUACUGACUACAUCAACUUCUGUAUGGAUGUUGUUAAUCCUGUAAGAACUGUGCACUGCUAUGCCAACAACAAGCCCUGGAUUACAAGUCAUGUCAAGGGCCUCCUUAACCAGAAGAAGAGGGCCUUUAAAGAUGGAGAUCAGCAGGAGCUUAGACGUGUACAGAGGGAACUCAGAGUCCAGCUCAGGGAAGCGAAGGAGCAGUACAGAGGGAAGCUGGAGCAGAAACUGCAGAACAACAGCAUGAAGGAGGUGUGGGAUGGGAUGAAGAUCAUCACCGGCUGCAGCUCAAAGCGGGGGGCCCGUAUGGAGGGAGAUACAGAAAGAGCAAACCUGAUGAACCAAUUCUUCAGCAGGUUCGACCACCCCAUCCCGUUAACACCUCAGGUCACCAUACCCCCUUCUGCUGCUGUCUCUCUCUCGCUCCCCUCAGGAGCCACAGAGGAGCUGGUUGUCCCACCCACUAUUACAGCAGCCCAGGUGUGUGGAGAGCUAAUGAGGCUUCGUCCCAGCAAAGCAGCAGGUCCAGAUGGAAUAUCCCCUCGACUUCUGAAGGCCUGUGCGUUGGAGCUGAGACUCCCCCUACAGCACAUCUUCAACCUGAGCUUGGAACAGGGGAGGGUCCCUAGACAGUGGAAGACAUUCUGCAUCAUCCCAAUCCCAAAGAAACCACAUCCUGGUGAGCUAAAUGACUUCAGACCGGUCGCCCUGACAUCACAUGUGAUGAAGACCAUGGAACGGCUGCUGCUACACCACCUGAGGCCACAGGUCCGCCACGCCCUUGACCCACUGCAGUUUGCCUACCAGGAGAAGGUGGGAGUAGAGGAUGCCAUUGUGUACCUGAUGCACAGAUCCCUUUCUCACCUGGAUAGGGGAAACGGUGCUGUGAAAAUUACAUUUCUGGACUUUUCCAGCGCUUUCAAUACCAUACAGCCUCGACUUCUGCAAUACAAACUAGCAGACAUGGGAGUAGACUCACAUCUGGUGGCAUGGAUAAUGGACUACCUGACAGACAGACCCCCAGUAUGUGCGACUGACACACACAGUGUCAGACUGCAGGUCAGACUUCAAAUAUAACUCAGAGUCCUGUCACAGUUUGCAGGCGACACGGCUAUUGUGGGCUGUAUCAGGAAUGACCAGGAGGAGGAGUACAGGAAACUCAUUCAGGACUUUGUCACAUGGUGUGACUCAAACCACCUGAGCCUCAACACCACCAAGACCAAGGAGAUGGUGGUGGACCUCAGAAGGCCCAGGGCUCACCCGGAACCUGUGACCAUCAACAGUGACCGUGUGGAGUUGGUACAGACAUACAAAUACCUGGGAGUACACCUGGAUGAUAGGCUGGACUGGACUGCCAACACAGACACCCUGUGCAGAAGAGGUCAGAGCCAAUUAUACUUCCUCAGAAGGCUGGUGUCCUUCAACAUCUGCAAAAAACUGCUGCAGAUAUUCUAUCAGACUGUUGUGGCGAGCGCCUUCUUCUAUGCAGUAGUGUGCUGGGGAGGCAGCGUUAAGAAGAAGGACGCCUCCCGUCUGGACAAACUGGUGAGGAAGGCGGGCUCUGUGUUGGGCACAGAGCUGGACAGACUGACAUCUGUGGCAGAGCAAAGGGCGCUGAACAGGCUCCUGUCAAUCAUGGACAAUUCACUGCCCAGCACCAUCUACAGGCAGAGGAGCAGCUUCAGCGACAGGCUGCUGUCACUGUCCUGUUCCACUGAAAGACUGAGGAGAUCGUUCCUCCCCCACGCCAUCAGGCUCUUCAACUCCACCCAGGGGAGGAAAACUCUAAACUUCAAUAUGUCUGCCCUUUAGUUAACUAUACCGCCUGACGCAGUGCUCCCUGCAUUAUGUGACCACUGACUGACUGACACUACUUACGCACCUUAGGCCUUUCAAGCACUGGAUUUGACCCUGCACCUUAGGACAUUAGCCCCAUGCUCGUUAUUUAGCUAUUUAUUCUACUUUAUUCUAUCAGUUCUUCUAAAUUGACCUCCUCUUAUUAUUAUUAUUAUUAUUAUUAUUAUUAUUAUUAUUAUUAUUAUCAGUUUGUGGAUACUGCUGGAAACUGUGAAUUUCCCCUUGGGGAUGGAUAAACUAUCUAUCUAAUCCAAUCUAAUCUAAAUCCUACCUUCUGUUUAAAAAUGGUGUUUAUGAUAUUGAAUCUAACCUAGCUGUUCUUAGUACCUAACAUUAGUAUGUCCUCUGAUUUGUUUCUCUCUCUCUCUCUUUCUCUCCCUCCAGUGAAUGUGGCAGUGUAAGUGGUGUUCAGUAGCCACUGCAAGUAGGUCCGAGCUACUUAACCAUUACAAACUCAAACCUCCACAUUUUGGACGUACUAUCCGCUAUCCGUGUACAUAUUUGAAAUGCUCAUGCUCAUUCAAGACAUAGAAUGCUGUUAAUCAAAGUAGAGUAGAUUCCACACACGUUUGUCAGACUCAAAAAGAGCUGUAUACUUUCAGCUGUCACUUAUGUACGUGUAAACAUUUAGCAAAUGAAAGGGAGUUCUUUGUUCAUAUUAACACACAUCUGAGGAGAAAUUAAAACGUUUGUUGCAUGUUUGUUGGCUGUAGUUUUCAAACUAGCAUUUAUGAAACCUUUAAGUCUCAUAAGGUUUAGGGCAAGUGUUUUAUUUCCUCUCAUAUGACUCUUUUUGUGAAUGUGCACUCUGCAGGCAGAAGACAAAGGCCUGCACCAAGGAGCCAUUGAGGAGACCACGCUGGGAAUAUGUGUUUUAAAACACAGAGAUGCCACUGGAUAGACCAGAGGACAUCGGGAUUGUCCUGGAGGGCCAGGUGGUACUGCAUGAUCUGGACAAUGUUGCCUUAGCUGUUGCCAUGCUGUUUGGCCUAAUGUAUGCCUUAAACCUCAACUACCCUCCUGAACUUAAGUACUCUUUCGAAGUGCUCCAGAAGGUUAUGAUGGAGCUGGACGGCAACACACUGUCAAAGAAAGCCCAGGCUCUCAAAAACAGACUCCACCAGUGUGCUGUUGGCAAGAUGGAUACAACAGAGUCUCCCUUUCUUCUUUUGGAAUAUGGACCAUUGCUGCUUUUUCAUUGGACUGGACUUUUGACACUUAAGCAUUUCACUUGCGCUGCCUUAAUGUAUGUUCUUGUUUAUAGCAAGUGUUGUGUAUUGUUUUCAGCAGAUUUUUUUCUCAGGGUCGUGUGUUGCAAAAUGUGCGUUUUUCAUUUAGGUGUCAGCAUUUGUCAGAUGUGUGUUGAAUAGAGCUCCAACAGUUUCACAGGUUUUUGCACAUUCUUAACUAGAAUGUAGUGGGAAAGCAAGCCAUUACUUUUAAUUUUAUUACACUUUAUUUUCAAAACCCUUGCAGUUAAAGGAGAAAAUAAAUUUUUCAAGCACUGGAUCUACAUUUGCCAGGACAAUAAUGGUUCAGAAGGUGUUUUAAGGACCAGCAGUGUUGCCUCAGGUUGUAGCAGUCAUGAAUGUUUACUACACACACUAGGGUACCAUGGGUUUCUUGUGAAAGAAAAGGGUGCUUUGCUCUAAUGUGAGAUUUGUUUGUGUAUGUAUACAUAUGUGUUAGUGUAUAUAUUGCUCUGAACCUACUGUUCUAUGACAAUACAGUUUUAAACUAAA